AUGUCGGAAUUUGGAAAGACAGCUGCAGCGACAGGGUCCAGGCCUGCGCCGAGGUCGAGGUCGCCGUCGCGCUUGUCCCAACUAUGCCGUCGACCGUCCCUGCCUUGGCUGCCUGGUCAUGAAGAGGGCAUAAUGUAUUUCGACAGUCUUCUGAACGCUGACUGGGCCCACGACCGCGCGACGCCACAGCCCACCGCCGAUCUUGACAUCUUGAGCCCUAUCGCGUGCGACCCCUCCAUAAUAUCUACCUUCACUGGUCACUGGCCACUGGCCACUGGCGCUCUCCUGGCAAGGCUGAAAGACAGUCGCUGGCGCAGUUGCAUGUUGGACUAA